AUGUGUGUGAAAUGCUUUGAUACAGUAAUGUUUUACUAUGCGAUUUUAGUGUAUUUAGCGAAUGUCACUUUUUGUCAUUUUCAAAUUUCCCGCCGUUCCGUCGUACGUCCUGACAUUGCAGGGAACGGAACCCGGAAAACAGAUGCCGGCAUUGGCCGGAGAACAUUGCCGGGACACUGCAGGAGGGACAUCGCGGGAGCACAGGACAAGGUAAGUGAUCGAGGGAUCCCGGAACAGCGCCGCAUGGUAAGCCCGAGUGUAGCUCGGGGUUACCGCUUGUAGUACUGAAACUUUACCCGAGCUACACUCGGGAAUACUGCCAGGGAGGUUAAUGAUCCUUGUCCUUCGCUCCCACGAUGU